AUGAUAAAAAGAAGAGUUCUUCCAACCCGAAGUGCACCAGUUAUCCAAGGUCCACCUGCACCUCCAACUGCUCUCGGCAAUCCUGGUCCACUUGGUCUUGCUGCUUUUGCUCUGACCACCUUCAUGCUCUCAGUAUUCAAUGCUGGCUCGAAUUUGAUUGAUCCUGCUGUUUUAACUGUAGUUCUGCCUGUUGCCUUAUUCUAUGCAUUCACUAGUUAUGGUUGUUUCUCGAUGUCAUUUGCUUUCUACAUAUACUUCAUUGUUCCUCAAUUGGAAAGUUCAGGCAAAGCAUAUCAAGCAACAGGACGUUUUCUCUUUGCAUGGCUCAUUUUCACUGCAUAUAUGUGUAUUGCUGCUUUUCGUGUUUCACGAGUGCUUUUUAUUUUAUUUGUUGUUCUUGUUAUAACCUUCAUACUUCUCAUUGUUGGUGCACUUGCUCAAAAACCAGUCGUGACAAAUGUUGGCGGAUGGUUCGGAAUCGCGACAGCAUUUGUUGCUUGGUAUGGUUCGGCCGGUGUCAUGAUCAAUACAACAUUUGGUCGCAAGAUAUUUCCCCUUGGAUUACACAAGGUUGAUGCAGUGCUUCCCAAGUAA